AUGGAGGGUAAAAAAGAUCUUACAUUGGAACAACUACACGAUCAAGUGCAGAGUUUGUCUAAAGUUGUGGAAAUGCAGUCACAGUUGAUUGCAAAGACUGGCAAACAGCUCAUGGAUAUUCAAGUUAAAGAUGUGAAGAGCAAGAUGAAUGCUGACACCGAGAAAAGUAGUUCUAAGGCAGCGAAUGUUGAUAUGGAUGAUUACGCUACAAAUGAAGACAUUAUCCAGUUGGUAGGUGAAUUGCAAGGACAGUUGGAUAUGCUUGAAGACAGAAAUAUCAGAAGAACGAUCAAUUCUCAUUUGAGUAGCAAAGAUAAAGAUGGGCUUAUUGCUCCCAUUGCUAAUAAAGACGGAGACGAUCCACAAGAAGAUGUUUUUCCUGCCACCAUUGGCGAUCUUUUGAGCUUGAGCAAAUAUGACAUUGUGCAACUCUGUGAAUUCUAUGAGUUGGUCAUUCCCAUGGACCAACAAGAGCAUUUGAAGGAAUUUUUGGAGAAUAACAACGAAAUGGUGGAUAUGGAAGGUGCGAAGAGAUUAUUGGAGGUUGGGGCCGACAAUGCUACUUUGAAAGAAAGGGUAGAAGCAUAUUCCGAUAAACAAAUCGAUGAAUUGUUCGAUAUUCUCACCCGAUUCAUUGGUGUAAGAGCCAGAAGAAGCGAAUCUGCGUGGUAA